AACACUUUUAAUUUUUGGAUAUUGCGGUUCUACUUCCGGAAAAACCAGUCGGUUCGUUGUGUGUAUUACAGCAGGAUAGUGCCAAAUUGGUGAGGCUAGUCCCCAUAAGCAGUUGAUUUUUGAGAAGAUUGGACAGUCAGGAGGACAGUGGUUGGAUAUUCUACACGCAGAGGCAAGUGUGUUCUGCUAGACUUGUGUGCCCGUAUUCAAUCCAUCUUGAAUCUUGUCAUCUCGACCAAAUCAUGGAAGUUCACGCAGAAGUUUCUCCGGGACUUUUUGACUUGCCUCUUCCAAUCAAUGACAAGAACAUCGACAAAGGUGCUGUUCAAAGGAAACUUCUGGAUGUCGAACAUGACUUGAAAUCACGGCUAGACAGACCUGAAGAGCUCGCCAUACUAAACCUCCUUGGUGUGUUCAAGUUCAGUCUCAAACGUUUCGGCGAUGCACUGGAAGACUUCCGCGCUGUUCUUCAAAAGGACCCAGAUAAUCUGAACGCGAUGGCCAAUAUGCAACACGUGUUGACUAAACUUUACAGAAUGAACGAAGCCAAGACCUUCCAAAGUCAACUUGAAGGUUGGAAUGCUCACGCUGCGGAGGGCGCCGCCAGUGCCCAGGUUUUAGACCCAGCAGAUCAAACCGUUAUUAAAGCAAGGUCGAGAUGUCUAGCUGAGCAGGGUUACAUGUUCGCUGCAGCUGACAUUCACACAGAUGAUGCUAGUAACGAGAGAUACCAGCAAUCCAAUCAGAUCUUCAAGCAGGCACUCGUAUGUGCAGGUGAAGCUGUUGACACACCGGAACGAGAUUUCUGGGAGUUUAUGAUCGCUAAAAACGCCAACAAACUCUUUACUUCCUUCACAUAUAAGGAGGAUCGGAAAAAGACUCAAGACUACUUGGAAGAAUCUGUGCAACUAUUUUACGGAUUAACUCAAAGGAGUCCUGGCGACCCCGAGUAUCAGUGGGAAAGCUGGCGUAACAUGGCCGACAUAUUUCGUCGGAUAAACCUAACAAAACUUCUGAGCCACAGCCUUGAUCAAUUGAAAGAAUUGAGACAUUACAUCGAGUCUGAUCCAGAGGAAUGUAUGAAGAAAGCAAUGGAGAUAAGUCCCGAUAACCCAAGACUUCUUGCCCGCUAUGCAAACUUUGUGUACUCUUUGAAAAGAGACACAUGUACCAAGAGGGCGCUCGAUUUGCUGGAUAGAUCAAUCAGCCUGGAUGACAGCGACUACAAUUUCUACGCUUUCAGCACGAGGGCAACGAUUCGUUUGAAAACCUACCAGUGGAAACUUAGGAAGUCAGAGGAAGACAGCACACGAUGUACCCCGCCGAAACUUGAGCUCCUGGAAAUGGCAAGUGCUGACCUGGAGAGAGCGAUAGAAUUUCGCAACACUUCGUGGAAUCUGAUGGACUUAGCUGAUGUCUGUUGCCACAAAGUGAAACAUUAUCCAUCGGGGGAUCCAUCACAGCGUAAGUGUAUCGAAAAGGCUUUCGAUUUACUCGCCCGAGCCCAGGAAUGUAACGAUCAAAAGAAGGUCCUCAAAAAUGUCAGCCGGUCCCGCGGUCGGAUCUUCUUUGACGUAGGCGAGUAUCGGCAGGCAAUACGUUGCCACCAAAUGGCGGUAGAUCUUGAGCCUGCUGUCACUACUUUCACAGGUUACUACCAUGAGCUGUUUCGUAGCUACCUUUGUCUAAUGAAGAGCAAACAAGAAGAUGACAUUUUUCAUGAGAUGGCAGAUUCUUUGAGGAAAGCGAUAAAUAAAUACGGAGGGGGUAAGCUAAUAACCCAUUGUUUUGGCCGCUUGCGAAAUGAGUACAUAAAUGAAUUACGGUUAUUCACAGAGUUUUGUGAGAAGAUUGUCGACAAUAAGGGAAUUUUGUACGUACUGGAGUCCAAGGAGCCUCCAUCUCCGUUAACACCACCGAAAAGACAAGGUGGAACCCUUGAGAAAGUAUGGUUAAACACACCACCGAGUCAGCAAGGAACCAUUGAGCACGUAUGGGCAAAUCCAACCCAACCACAUCGGCCAAAAGCUUCAUUGAAGGUGAACCUAAUGGAUCGGUUCAAGCCACUUUCAGAGAAACCAGAGCUUCGUGGAAACAGGAGUGAUGUGGGGUCGACGGCAGUGGUUGGAGGAACAAACACCACGGAUGAAGAUGAAGGUAUAGCGCCACUGAGUGGAAUCAGGUGCACGAAUGUCAAACAGUCAUCAGAUCAGGAGCCUCCCGGCAGCAGAAGUGAUGUAAGGUUGGCAGCUUCCCAGUUUGAAGGGUCAGACACCCAUGAGGAGGAGGAGGAAGGUAUAGCGCCACUGGUGAGUAGAUUUGGGGGCAUGGAGUUCAGCGUCCCAUCAGGUCAGGAUGUCCAAGAACCAGGAGCACAAUCUCAGCCACCUGCUGGGUCUCCAUCAGGCGCGGUGAGUCCUGACAAAGAUCAAAAGUUCUUGUUUGAUUUCUAUGUUGCACACGGAGAGAGUGACGAAAAAUGGGUUGAGGACACCAUUCUCCAUGAGUUAACGAUUAUGCGAGACUUAAAGGGAUGCACGUAUAAAAAAGAUGCAACCCUGGGGUCUUGGGUAUAUUCGGGUAAACUUGAUCUGAUGAAGCAGUGUGCCUGUAUCUUGGUCCUCUAUGGGGAAGAUUUUAAAGAUGAGCAGUACUUAGUGCAACAGACACUCAAAUUAAAAAAGGAAUGUGGUAUGAAUGUUAUUCCAAUAGAAAGGGAUGGAUUAUCGGUACCUGAUGAACUAAGCGUCAUGACAAGUUUUAAUGCCAGUGCUAAGAGAGUAGAUUGGAAUAGACUGGCGCAGUCCAUUAAAAACACGAAGGGUGCCCCUAGCUAUAAUAUGGGACAAGGACUGAAACAAUGAUGCCCCUGAGAAAGUUAGGAUAUACCGGUUGUGUGGUAAACUGGAACACAAGAAGCAGUGAGUGUGCCUGUAUUUUGUUCCCCUAUGUGGAAGAUUUUGAAGAUUUGAUCCAAAAGAUACUGAAACAUGUACAGGAAUUUGGCUUGAACAUUAUUCAAAUAGAUAUUUGAUUGGUGGUAACCAUAGAAACGAGUGUCUUUAAAGGAAUAUUACAGAAUUGGUAAGAAAACAAAAUCGUGAAGAUCAUAGAUUUACAUCAAACUU